CAGUGGCACCUGCGCCAUCUCCACCUGCUGGUCCGCCUCCUCCAGGACCACCGCCGCCGCCAAAACCCCGCGCCCCGCCUCCGCCUAAUUAAGUCAAAGUUAAAGCCUUCACCUCUAGGGCCAAAGAGGCCUGGUGCUUCUAACGAUCCAAAUGGUGAUGACGAUGGAGGUCAAAAAGCUAAGCUCAAACCUUUCUUUUGGGAUAAGGUUAUGGCCAGUCCUAAUCGCUCCAUGGUAUGGCAUGACAUUAGCGGUGGAUCUUUCCAGUUCGACGAGGAGAUGAUAGAAUCACUUUUUGGCUAUAAUGCUAAUAAGAAUAAGAAUAAUAAUGAGCGUAAGAGAGAGGUGGUUGACAAUUCAGUUCAAUACAUUCAAAUUAUAGAUCCUAGGAAGGCUCAAAAUCUAUCUAUACUUUUGAAAGCACUAAAUGUGACUACUGAAGAAGUUCUUGAUGCUCUUCGAGAAGCUAACGAACUUCCAGUGGAGCUUCUCCAAACUUUGUUGAAGAUGGCACCGACAGCAGAUGAGGAAUUGAAGCUGAGGCUAUAUGCCGGGGAGAUUUCUCAACUCGGCCCUGCUGAACGUUUCCUUAAAGCAUUGGUUGAGGUCCCUUUUGCUUUCAAGAGAAUUGAAUCCUUGUUAUUUAUGAGUUGCCUUCAAGAAGAAGUUACCACUCUUAAAGAAUCCUUUGUGACUCUAGAGGUAGCUAGCAACAAGCUAAAAAAUAGCAGGUUAUUCCUGAAACUACUAGAAGCAGUUCUCAAAACUGGGAACCGAAUGAAUGACGGUACAUACCGAGGUGGCGCACAAGCAUUCAAGCUUGACACCCUUCUAAAGCUCUCUGAUGUCAAAGGAAUAGAUGGAAAGACAACUCUUUUACACUUCGUUGUUCUAGAAAUCAUUCGUUCCGAAGGAGUACGAGCUGUUCGAGCGGCAAGGGCAAAUGCUAGCGUAUCUAGCGUAAUGUCAGAUGACCUUAGUGAGGACCCCAAUGAUCAGGCAGCAGAAGAACACUACUGUAACAUUGGUCUUCAAGUAGUUUCGAGCUUGAGCAGCGACUUCGAAGAGGUGAAAAAAGCAGCAGUAUUGGAUGUCGACAUGUUGUCAUCCACACUUUCAAAGCUCAGGAAGUCAUUAACAAAGGCUAAAGCUUUCGUAGAGUCAGACAUGAAGAGCGAUGAAGAGAGUGAGUUUUAUGCAGCACUUGUUGGCUUCAUGAAUAGAGCUGACUCGGAUAUCGCAUGGCUUUCAGAGGAAGAGAAGAGGAUAUCAGGACUUAUACAGAGCGCGGCAGAUUACUUCCAUGGGAAGUCAGGGAAAGAAGAAGGGUUACGACUUUUCAACAUUGUUCGGAGUUUCUUAACCAUGCUUGACAAGGCAUGUAGAGAAGUAAAGGAAACGAGAGCUAAGAAAGUACCUACAACUAAAGUGUCUAUGAAGAAAGAGAACACAAGUGAGGCGUCAAGUUCAGUACUUCAACAACAACAAGUUGAGAACAAAAAUCAUCAUAACCGGCUGUUUCCAGCCAUUGCUGAAAGGAGAAACAACGAAUCAUCUAGUUCAGAUGAUGAAAGCUCAGGUGAUGAAGAUUAG